AUGGCGUCGCUAAGUUCCGUGACGCAGGAUUUGGCUGAGAAGCUGCACAUAUCCGCGGACAAGCGGGAAGACCACGACCAGCCGACCACCGGGAAGGAAUCGUACCACGUUCUCAGCGAGCGGGCAAUACACAUUCACGAUGUGACCAAGCACACUCUUCGUCAGGCCUGGUUGGUGCUUGUCCAUUCGCUGCCGUACAAGUUCGAUGCGUACCUUGAGGAAGGGGCGAUAUUCCCAGACGUCAGGCCGUUCGCGAGGUACACCAACUACUCCUCCAUGCUCUACAUGUUCAACUACGCGGUGGCACUCGCGUUAUGCGACGUGGUGAAGUAUGAGUGGCCCGCUGCAACUAAGAAGCACUUCGGCAAGGGAACGGGUCGCCCGAAACCCGAGCCAUAUGCCGUGGUAAUCAUGGCGCUGGCUGCACUGCCGAAGUACCGCGGCGUGAACGUGUCUAAACGCCUGUUCGACUACACAGUGAAGAAGGCGGCCGAGGCGCGCAUCUUCAAACUGUAUGCGUUAACUGAUGAACAGGGCGCUGCACUCUACACCAAGCUAGGAUUCACCCCGUGCGACGACUCGCCGGUUAAGCUGGGCGACCUCAAGGUCACCGACGAGUCCUCGAACCUCUGCAACUUUACGAUUAUGCAGUACACCAACAUGGGCGCAAAUUAA